AUUGCGUGUUUAUUCACGGUAAAGAUUAUGGCCAGAUGUUGACCCCGUUUGAUUUGGUAGACCCAUCACGACAAGUACAUUGUUAGCGGAGAAAUUGUACAUGGCAGAGAGGGGCACGAUCGAUCAAUGUCUUCUUGUCUCCACGAAUACAACACCAACCCUGCCUUCUACAAGUGUGGCGCGUGUUUCCGGAUGGACAGGCUUUGACGAAGCUCCAAACCAAGUCAGCGUCAGGGACAGCAGCCAUCGGCGACCAAGAAGAAGAAUCCCAAGGACGGGAGUGCCGUGCUGCGACCACCGUGCUGCCCCGGAGCGCAGCUACCAGGCCAGCAACCCCCGGCCGGCCGGCCCCAGUGUCGGAAGCUGCCGCGGCUGCUUUAUAAAGGCGGCCGCCGCGCUCCCAGUCUCUCUCAGUCCUCGGAUCACCCCACCAUUAACCAGGUCUAAUCGCCAUUACCCCCGCAGCUCCACCGUCCCGUCCGUCCGUCCGUCCAUCGCGCGCGCGUCCCAAACAAGUCGGAGGAGAGUCCUCCCCCUUCCCCAAAGUUCCCGUCCCCUCCUCGCGCGCGCGCCGCGAAGGGUCAGCACCAGACACCAGCAGCCAUGGAGAAAGCGGCGCCCCCCAUCCCCACGCAGGAGACCGGCGCCGCGGCGCCGCCGUGGGCGGACAUGGAGACGGACUGCCUGGCGCACGUGUUCCGGCGGCUCGACCUCGAGGACCUGGCCGCGGCGGCCCCGCUCGUGUGCCGCGGGUGGCGCCGCGCCGUCGCCGACCCGUCCCUGUGGCGCGCGCUCGACCUGCGCCGGGACCACGUCGCGCGCUUCAUGCCAUGGGCGCCGCUCGCCGCCGCCUUCGCGCGCCGGUACGGCGUGCCGCGGUUCGCGCUCGGGGGCUUCCUCAGGAUCUGCGUCGCGCGCGCGCAGGGAUCCGCGGACGACGUCGCGCUCCCGCCGCUCCUCGCCUCGCCGGCCGCCGACCUCGACCACAUUUCGCUACAGUGCCCGAGGCUGCGGCGGCUGGCGCUCCCGCAGCUCCCCGCCGGCGACGAGGCGCGGCUGCCGGACCUCAUCCCGCGGUGGCCGCUGCUGGAGCACCUGGAGCUGGACGCCAAGCCGUCCUCGGCCUCCUUCCCCGCCCUCGCCGCGCAGCUCGGCCGGCACUGCCCCAAUUUCGUCAGCCUCAAGACCUCGGGCGCCGUCAAGCCCGAGGACGCCGCGGCGCUGGCGCGCUCGCUACCCCGGCUCCGCUCCCUGUGCCUCGACCGGUCCUACCUGCCAAAGCAGGAGCUGCUCGCCAUCAUCGCCGGCUGCCGGGACCUCCGGGAGCUCAGCGCCCGGGGCUGCGUCGGGUUCGACGAGGGCGACGAGGAGGUGGCCAGGCGCGGCGCCCGGAUGGAGCGGUUCGACGUCACAGGGUCCAGGAUGAUCGACGAGCUCCAGGACGAGCUGGCCGGCGGCGGCGACGACCUCUGCGACUCCUCCUACGUCGACGUCAUGUGAUGAUCUGUCCUUCAAUUUGCCUGAGAGAAAGAGCGUAAUUAAUGCGCGGCUAGUCUUUUGUUUGUUUAACGUUGCUGACAAGUUGGUAAUGAGCAGACGGCUUCUAGAAGAGUUAUUGCUUAUAGAUCAGAGGGCCGUGCCGGUCUUUGUUUUGGGGUGGAUCUUUGGUGUUCACACACGUUUUACCUACCUGCUGGUCUUGAUAUUUUGGUGUAACUGCAUCAUUGCAUAUUUGCAUGUGUAUCAAUCUACCCCCAAGCUCGCUAGCGCUAAGCUCGUGGACACAUGGAACGCUAAAUUGAUAGA